CAUUCGUUUUCGAGAUUGUUACUGAUCGUUAUUUCCUAAUUGAAGUAUGAAAGUUUCUUGUUCAGAGAGAAAGUUGAGAUGUUGAACAACAUUGGAACCUUAAACAACUGAAGAUGGGCUUUAGUGAACGACCAUGGCUAUUCUUUACAUCUCAAGUUGAUUGCCAAUUCUACAAACCAUUUUGUAAAACGAAUCUUGGACAUUGUUGUCAUGAUAUUACUUCAUGUGUGGUCGACAAUUUGAAGACAGAAAUGAGUAUUCUAAAGCUCAAAGACAUUUAUGCAUUUCUUUUACCAUCGAAGGAAUUGUAUUCAUUUAUGCAGUUGAAGAAAAUACAAACACUAGACACAAUAAAAUAUGUUAUUUUGGAGGAAAUUCUAGAUUCUGGGUAUAAACAAUCUUACUGCACUUUUGUGUUUUAUCUGUUAAAAGUUAUGGUACAACACUCAAGAAAAUUCUCUCGGAAUGGAGGAUAUGCGGAAAGCUUUAGAAAGUUUCAAUGACAAUAUAGAGUUUUAAAAGCCUCAGAAUUCAAUCUUGACGCAACUUUCUCGACGAAGAUCGGGUUUAAGGACACAAGUCGAGAGACCUUGAGAUUCUAAAACGAAUAGUCAGAUACAUAAAUAACUUAAAAAAUAUAGAAAAAGUCAAUACAACGGCUUGAGUUGCAUAAUAGCGAUAGAAGCACUGAGUGAAAAGAAGGGGAACUUCACCGAGGUAACGAGUUGGGAAAUCAAGCGAUGAAGCCUAGUCAGGAUAUCCAAAAGAUGCCAUAGUGGCCACUUUUAUAAGAUCCACUCUACUACUGAAAAGUAACAGCACAGAGUACUUGUUAAUAUACUUGGCUUUCCGUUUUUCAUGGUUUCUUGGAUUGGCUCAAGAAGAACACUCAAUCAGUGGAGUACUUUUUCUUCCUACAGUCUUUCAAAAUACACUUUGCAAAACAACCUCCAUCUUUAAUAACUUGUAUGACUGGGAGGUAGUUUUGCUGAACUAAAACGAUCGAAGACGACUUUUGAAGAGCUUGAAGAGUCUGAAUAGACCAGUCCAAGCCAUUUUAAAAAAAGGACAAGAAAUGUAUACUAACUUCCUCAAUACUUUGCCUUUUUAUAGGCUUGUCGUUUCUUUUACAGCGAACGGAUAGUUUUUGGAGAAAAUCUUUCAAGGUUUACUCGAAUUCAAUGAAGGGUCAAUGAAUGGU